UCUGGACGUUAAGAUGCUCGAGCAAGCGGAAACGUUUUAUUUUCGCCCUCCUUCUUCUCCUUUGGGCUUCCCGUUAUUAGUAAAACAUGGCUGUUUACGCGUCAGCCGCAUUUCUUAUUCUAUUUGACACCGAAGGCUCCAGAGCCAAGUGAGGCAGACGUGCAGCAAUAACGGGCCGUCUCUUCCUUUCGGAUUCAUUUUACACGAUCAAGCGGAUGCGUCGCUGAAUGGAGCGAUGAACACGAGUGUCCGCAUUGAUUGAUUUUAUUUUGAAUUAUGAUUAUUAUUCCGCUCAUUGGAAGAUGCACCCAGUAGGCCGGAAACACGGGACAUCUCUGCUUGCGAUGGAAGGCACUGAUGUCCACCGAUACCGAUAGAAAUGCGAAAUGUGCAGCAAGCAUCGCGGGGACGCAUCCAAAUCGCUUUAAAUGUAAUCUCGGAUGACGUGGCCGACGUGCUCCCGGAACAUGACAAAAAGGUCCAGCUGAAUCUUUUCAAGCGUGGAUGCACACUCCAUGGAAGGUCUGUGCUGAAAUGGGUUCCAUUUGUUCCGUUAUUUAGCAUUUUGGUCAUGAAUGGACCUGAUUCGAAAUUGCUAAUGUGGCUAACGUUCUCCGAUGAAAUGGUGACUGUGUCUUGAAAUAUUCUCGCAGUCGUUCCUCGAGUAUGCAUAUGGCCGUUUAAGAAAAAAAAAAAAAAAAAAAAAGAGCUCAAGCUUGAAGUCGUUCGCACAAACACAGAUUGUGAAUUAUUCAGCAUCAGCGGAGUCGAGUGCUUUGCACCUGCUGAGGCGAGGAGGAGGAGGAGGAAGAGGAAGAGGAGGAGGAAGAAGAGGAGGAGGAGGAGGAGACGCCGCCGCCGCCGAUUCAGACGCCAGCCCGACAACAAGUUGGCAGCAUCUGCAUUUUUCUCUUUUCACUUGAGUUUGUCUUUCCAGGAUGCAAGUGCACGCUUUGUGUUUGCUGUGGGCUCCUUGUGUGUUUUUUCUGCAAGGCAGGUACUGUAACACUUUUCCCUUGACAUCUAAAAGUAAGCUUAUUGACGGAAAACCUGUGCGAGCAUCCCGACGCAAGAAUGUACCGAAAGGAUUGCGGUGGCGAGGACGCUUCCAAUUUGACGAAAGGCCAUGUUCCCGAGAUGAGUCGAAAUCUUGACUCCAGGCACAGUGUGACUCACAAAGAGGAAGUCAACAAGUAUGCUGUGAACAACUGUUGUUGUUCCUUGUAACAAUCUGAAAUGUUAGCCAGGUCGAGAUACCAAGGCCAUUUUUUAGCUCACGCUUAUCUAGUGUCUUGUUGAAGUUGUGAAGUGUUGUAGACUGGAACAUACAUUGGUCAAAAUAUUCAUAUUCAAAACCCAGUUGAAUGUAAAUGUGGAUUGGAGUUGUUUCUUGCUCAUUUUGGGGGGGGUGCUGAAGUUUGAGUGAUUUUCCCCCUCCUCCCCCCCCCAAAAAAAAGCUUUGUCAUUUUUUUAAACAACCUCGGAAAAGAGGCAAAACUUCCAGUCUUUGGUUGUAACGUAACAUUUCAACAACAACACUAAAGCAUCCCCCUAUUGGCUGAAAAAUGGUUCGCUCCACCCGAUCCCCGAGCAGAGCAAUACGCUGCCUUCCGGUCAUCUGCCCCAAGUACGGGUUUCAUCCCUGACCCUUAACCUUUAACCCUAGCAGGACACGUGGCACUUGCCUAACCUCAUCCACGCAAUGGCAACAAACGAAUAUCCUGAGCAGUCGUCAUGUUUUGCCGCCUUUCAUCGCGGGUCAGGAUUUGCAUUCCGCUGUCACCGGUUGUUGUGUCACGUGUCCACGUGGGCUCGUGUCGCACACACAUUCUACUCGAUGGCCUGCUGACCCUGGAAGCGGCAACACAGGAGACGAGUUUACAUAUGUCGGGCGUUGCGUUUCAAAUCCAUAUUUGGUACUCCGUUUCCGUUUAUGAUUCCACUCCGUAGUCCUCGUUUGCUGUGGCUUAACAAAUACAAAAGUUCCCCCAAAAGUCUUGCGCUUCUCUUUCUCAAACGUGCGAUCUGGCUUGGCGGCACAUUCUAGAAUCGCCCCUGAAUUGUCGAAUAGAAUGCUUGGAUAUGAUGAUUGUGAUGAAAUAUGUGCUCGCAAAAAAAAAAAAAAAAAGAGUUUUCUGCAAGGAAGUUGGCCCGCCGUUGUGUAUUGUGAGUUGACGCUGCGGUUGCCCGGCCGGGCGGCAGGUGGGCGCUGUGCAAGGAGGUGAAGUUACCCGGCGGCGCGUCCAGACCGCCCUCGCCGUCUGACUUCCUGGACAAGCUGAUGGGUCGCACAUCCGGCUACGACGCUCGCAUCCGACCCAACUUCAAAGGACUACCGUCUGAACGUCUUUCUGCGGCAGCAGUGGAACGACCCUCGACUGGCUUACAAAGAGUACCCGGACGACUCGCUGGACCUGGACCCGUCCAUGCUGGACUCCAUUUGGAAGCCCGACUUGUUCUUCGCCAAUGAAAAGGGAGCGAACUUCCACGAUGUCACCACUGACAACACGCUGCUCCGAAUAUUCCAGAACGGAAAUGUCCUCUACAGCAUCAGGCUGACGUUAACCCUCUCGUGCCCCAUGGAUCUCAAGAACUUCCCCAUGGACAGCCAGACGUGCAUCAUGCAGCUGGAGAGCUUCGGCUACACCAUGAACGACCUCAUCUUCGAAUGGCUGGACGUGGGCGCCGUGCAGGUGGCCGACGACCUGGUGCUCCCUCAGUUUGUGCUGAAAGAGGAGCAAGGCCUCGGCUAUUGCACCAAGCAUUACAACACAGGUAAAUUCACCUGCAUUGAGGUCAAAUUCCACCUGGAGCGCCAGAUGGGCUACUACCUGAUUCAGAUGUACAUCCCCAGCCUGCUGACGGUCAUCCUGUCCUGGGUGUCCUUCUGGAUCAACAUGGACGCGGCCCCGGCCAGGGUGGGCCUGGGCAUCACCACCGUGCUCACCAUGACCACGCAGAGCUCCGGCUCCAGGGCCUCCCUGCCCAAGGUGUCCUAUGUGAAAGCCAUCGACAUCUGGAUGGCGGUGUGUCUUCUUUUUGUGUUUGCCGCACUCUUGGAGUACGCGGCGGUGAAUUUUGUUUCCCGGCAGCACAAGGAGUUCUUCCGACUGAGGAAGAAGCUCAGAGAGCGAGCGCGCCAACGGAGCGCGAGCGGCGAGGGCGAGACGAAAGGCGACGCGUCAGCCGGCGAGGCGGCUCACGGGUGCGGCGCCUGCGCCUACGCCCGCGCACGCGUACGUGUCGCCGCCCGCUCCGCUUUCAAACGGCGACGGGCGGCUGACGGUGCCGGCGCGCUGUGUGUUUCAGGAGGAGGAGCUGGCGCGCCGGGGUUUACUCUUGCGCGCGGGACUCGCCGGCGCCGCAGAAAUGGACGCGACGCCGGCGUUUGCCGACUCGGGCUACUACGACGCGAGGCGCCGCUUCGUGGACCGAGCCAAGAAGAUCGACACCGUCUCUCGCGCUGUGUUCCCGAUGACGUUCCUCGUGUUCAACGUCCUCUACUGGCUCACCUACAAGGUCCUUCGGCACGAAGAUGUCCAAGUGCGGCUGUGAGCGCACGUGGAGGAUCUUCAAGGUGUGCCGAGGUGACUGCAUGUCAGCUGCUAUUUGCAACUUACUUCACUGCGAACUUAUCAUCACCAUCAUCGUUGUUGUUGUCGUGGUUUUACAUUUGCAAUGGUGAACUGUUUGUCCCACGUGUCAGUGAGCAUCUCGAGUAUGAGCAUGUGUCCUUUCUCCAAUUGAAUGGGAUUUCUUAGAUUUGGGGCAUUCGGACUGCUGCGCGCUCAUUUCCACAUCAACAUGUAACGAGUUAUAAAUUCUGUUGUGCUCAUACAUUCAAAUGUGAAUAUUCUUGCAAGCAGCGUCAAUGUUUGUACACUUGUUUUGCUUUGUAUUUCUAUGAAUACUUUCUCGGCCCGUGACGUUUCGAUUUGUGUAACCGAUUUGGUUUGGUUAGGGUUGAACCAUUUUGUUUCGGUGAUUGUUGUAGUUUACAUAAGUGUAGUACGAAGCUGCGUCGUACCGAGAGCACUUUCUCAUAUUUUCACGAUGCUAAUCAAACUGUUCUCAGGAAGAUGCAGUUGAAAAAUUGCAGCGGCAAUACAUUUUGAUACAAUUUUUGUAUGAGAUUGUGCAAGUGUACCUGAUGUUGUGACUGGUGAGUGUAUCACAGCAGGGUUCAUGCAGCAUUUCAAUUCUUCGCAAAACAACCGGUUGUCUGUCUUUUAUUUUUUAUUUGUAUUUAUUUAUUUUUUUAAUCAUGCAGUUUGCUCAUCUCACAAUAUUUGUUUUUUUCUCACUUUAUUUCGCAUUCCCUGCAGUGGGAGCUGAUCAUAUUGUUCUGGUAGUGUCUUUUGAUGUAUUUCAACAUCUUUCAAUAAAUGGCAUUGUGUCGAGACCUAAAAGCA